ACCAAGUGACUAAGCUGUCCCAUGAUGCAUUACGGCGACCAGUUGCAACUUUCAAAUGUGUGCAGGAAGUUUGGAGCUCACCCAAAAAACAUUUGAAAAUCUGCUUUUUAACAAAUCACCACAGUCGAAUAUAGUGUUAACGUAUUAGUAAUGAAGCAGCCAUCGCCGCCUACAAAAAACAAAGCUGAGGAAAUCGCUAAGACGACGGCUAUAGCGAUGCUAAAUGUUCCCGAGGAUUCAACAUGUCGUGGUUCCGCCGAAGAAAACACACAGGAGGGACAUUGCAGCGUGACCGCCAGUCGUCAGCAUUACAAGACAGCUGAGAGUGACUCAGAGAUGUCGAGAAGAGCAAAGGAAGAAGGCUGCAUGAAUGUUGUCUUCCCGGGAACUGUGACUAAGGAAGGCUGCUGCCGUUUUGUCAGCGAGGUCCUCAAAUUUAUUUUAUUUCAGAGACAACAACUGCCCAUGACCUUUGACCAACUGGUGUACUCUCAGAGGAAACAACAAGAUAAAUCGGAUGAAGCUGUCGUGAGUCAGAAGCAAGUUCAUCAGGCUAAUUUAAACAGGCGAAAGUGUCAAAAGACGCUCCAGGCCGUGGAGGAGGUGCUGCAGCAGCUGGAAGUGCUCUUCUCCAUGAGUCAUGUCCCCCGAGUGCUGCUGCUCAUAGGUGGCUCAGUCACCCUCCCCAAGGAGAUCUACGAGAUCAACAUGGAGAAUCUGGUAUUGGACAGGGGGGUUCACUGCCUCCGUGUGUCGACGUGCUUAAGACAUCUCUUCCGCUCGCUCUUUGUCGCUGACUUCUUGUCUGACAGCGGCCCCGUGCGUUUAACGACAACCAGGGUCUUAGCGCUGGCCCACAGGGACUGCGGGGUAGGUUGGUUCCACCCUAAACUGCACUUUAAACUGCCAACUUGUGUGAAAAAUCAAAUAAUUGCACUUUCUAGUGAUCCUUGCAGCUGCGGCAACACUAACAUGGACCGUCAGGAGUAUGUUUGGUUUCAAGCACCCACGGCCAUUAACGGCUUUUGUCUUUAAAAAAAAAAAAAAGGGUAUUGUUUGUGCUGCUUUUUAAAUUGGAGGAAUUUUAAAUAUUUAAGAAUUGACAUAUUUUUAUGUGCAGUAUAUAGUUUUAAAGAUUUGUAUGAAUGAUUUCAUGGUCAACUUCAAGUUGCAUCAUGUAUACAAACUAAUUCUUACUUGAAAUCUGUCUAAUGCUGACUUUUCUGCUAUCAAAACAUUAGGCUGUCCUUAGUAUAUAUCAUUUAUUAAAAAAAAUGUUGUUUUUGUCAGUGAAUGGGCUAAAAAAUACCAGAAAAAGGCUAAUAUCAUUCAUUUCAAAUACUGGCAUAUGUGUGACUAUCCCUCCGCGAUCACAGAGGAUGAUCAUCUUCACAUUUCCAUAUUUCUGUUGACAAAACCUGUUCACAAGUACUUAAAUCAUGAUAAAUAUAGCUAGCAAAGCAACAGUCCAUUUCAGUUUUUCUGGUUUGUAUUUACCUAACGAUUCAACUUUAUUCAUAAAGAAUAAGUAUACAACAGUAUAUGUUCACGUUGUACCUAAAAUCAGAGAAGGGAAAAGUUUGCUUCUUUAAUUCGAAGUGUUCACAUUGCACAUCAGGCAUGUUUACUUGUGGAUGUUUUUUGUUUUGUUUUUUAUUUGAUGUCAGAAGGCCAGGUUGUGGAAAUUAAUAAAAUAAAUACAAUUACGAGUACAAAAAACUGAAAAUAAUUCAGUUUCUUAAAACCGAGACUGCAAAAAUAAAAUGUACAAUUCAGUAGAUAGACGAAUACAACAUGAAGAAACGGUGAUAUCUAUCUUACCGGAGACAUCAGUGGAUUAUUCGUCGUCCUGCAGCAGCUGUCAAAAAAGGCAGCUGUGAGCUUGGCUCCUCAGCUUCUCUCUAAGACACUGCGUGUUCACUGCAGCCAUCCGACCUCGAGGUAUGUCUUUAAAAUCUCACUAAAACAGUAUUAAAACAAUAAGCAGAUAAGGGAUCUUCCAGAAUUAUCCUAGUCAAUGUGUCUAAUUACAUCUGAAACGCUCACACUGCCGGAGCUGUCGCUUUUCUUUUUUUUUCCUAGUCCUUCACUAUCAAUAUCCUAAUUCACAAAUCUUACAUCUUCGCUCAAAUUAAUGGGGAAAUUGUCGCUUUCUCGGUCCGAAUUGCUCUUACUGCUGGUGGCUCCCGUUAUAAACAAUGUGAAUAUGUGUGGGGCCCUGCAACUCGUGACGUCACGCGCACAUACUUCCGGUAAAGGCAGGGCUUUUCUAUUAGCGACCAAAAGUUGCGAACUUUAUCGUCGAUGUUCUCUACUUACAGCAAAAAUAUGACAAUAUCGCAAAAUGAUCAAGUACGACACAUAGAAUGGACCUGCUAUUCCCGUUUAAAUAAAAUCUAAUUUCAUUAGGCCCAUAUUCUCCGUACACGGCUCUGCGAACUGUGGUACAUGGGCCCCAUCUAGUGGUAAGCCAAAUUACCACUUAAAUAUUCAAACAGUAUUACUGUUUAAAAUGUGUGCAAUGCAAUGGCCAAACAUAUUAAAUAUAGUUGCUAUAUAAAACCUCUGCCUUGUUAUUAAUGAAUACUUAGGCUGCUAUGCUACUGUAUUUUAUUGUUGACAACCACUGCUGUAGGGCUUUUAAAGCCAUGAUGUCAAUCAAGCAAAGUUUAUGGCUGCACAAGCCACAAAGACAUCCUCGACUGAGAUCUCUCUGCAUUCUCUAUGUUAGUUGAUUAUCCUUUACUACUCUUCCACAGCAAUCAGUUUGUAAAACAAAAAUAAAACAAUUCCACCAUCA